CGCAAUGGCAGUGCAAACCCUGGAGGCGCCAGUAAAGUAGGACUCUCCCUUCAAAAUAAAACACAAUCACGCCAAUUUCGCCCAAUUAAAAAUGGUUAGCCUAGCUACCUUAUUAACAUCAAUGACACGAUGCAAGAAACCUGUUAUUUAAUUGCAUAGUCGGUCACAACUAGCACACAUUAGCUAUGUUUUACGUGUGGCGUAACAAAACAGCGCACUUUGCGUUUGUUUGAAAGCACGGUCGAGAUGUCGCACUGAGGUAGCUUAUGUGCGCAAUAUAAUAGGAAAAUAGAAAAGGAAGAAUAGUGUUCAUUCUAAAAAAAAUUUUUGUUUGUUUUUUUGCACGAUUUAUUCAUAUCAGAUUCGGCGCUUAAAGAAAAACCACGGCGAAAUAGGAUUCAGCUGUGAAUCGUCGAAGAUGAAGGGGUUAAACAGGUGUAGCCGUUGCUACCGGCGAGUUGAGCUCAUCAUUGCAGCGGACAGAGUAUUGAGGGACAUUAAUCGACUCCGGCAGACUUGCAGGCUCGCAACUAGAAGGAACUAGAAGGUUCACAAAAAAAGCGGCGACGCCGGCGAUGGGAUGGGAAUGCGGACACAAUGGUAAAACCACACCGUCAUUAAUGACAGACAUGGAAUAACCGAGCACGCGUCAGCGUAAACAGACGGGAAUCGGGAGUUUCUUCUCUUUCGCGAGAUGACGUAAAAUUUGGACAAACGCGAGUCGCCUGGCACCAAGGGAAGUGAAAACUAUCUCGACCCCCCUUCUGCAUCGAUAAGUGGCGGUCGGCUCAGCUGCAGCGAGCCCGACGUCUCGGACAGAAUACUUCGAUGCUAGAAGUUUUGAAGUGUGUGUUUUCCCCCCGUGGAUUACAGUAUUCAACACAGAGUCCGUUAACCAUUUGAAGUGUCACCCGUCGCAACGGACACUUUGGCCGCAAAAAGUCUUCAAACUCUUUGGGGAGCAAGUCAGGAUGCCGGUUAGACGCGGGCACGUGGCACCGCAGAACACGUUCUUGGACACAAUCAUUCGGAAAUUCGAAGGCCAGAAUCGCAAGUUUGUCAUCGCCAACGCGCGGGUGGAGAACUGCGCCAUCAUCUUCUGCAAUGACGGCUUCUGCGGCAUGUGCGGCUACACGCGGGCCGAGGUCAUGCAGAAGCCGUGCACCUGCAACUUCCUGUACGGCCCGCGCACCAAGCGGCUCGCCGUGGUCCAGAUGGCCCAGGCGCUGCUGGGCUCCGAGGAGAGGAAGGUGGAGAUCGCCCUCUACAGCAAAGACGGCGUGUGCUUCCCCUGCAUGGUGGACGUGGUCCCAGUGAAGAACGAGGAGGGCGCCGUCAUCAUGUUCAUCCUCAACUUCGAGCUGGCGGCCGACGGCAAGCCGCUCGCCUCCCCGCACCGCGAAAUCCGCCGCAAGAUCCCCAUCCCCUGGAUCUCUGCAGGUCGGCGGUGUGGCUUUAAGCUCCGCCUCCCCCUGCUGGGCCCGGGGGGCGUCCGGAAACGCUCUCUGCGGGACGACCCGGAGGCGGGGGGCACUCGGGACACGUCCCACCUGGUCCAGGACGGGUCCCUGGCCCUGGGGGAGCUCCUGACCCCCCGGGAGCGCCCCCGCCGGGGUGGCCCCGCCCCGCUGUGGGCGGAGCGGCGGGCGGCGGACGGGAGGGCGACCCCCCCCUCGCCCUCACCCUCGGCCCCGGCCCCGCCCCUCCCGCUCCCCCUCCCGCUGCAGCUGCAGCUGCUGCAGUCGUCGCUGCGGCUGGACCGCGACGCCUCGCUGUCCAGCUGCAGCCUGACGCGCAGCCGCUCGCACCAGAGCCUGCAGAGCGCGCGCCACGCCUCCUCCGCCGACGACGUGGACAGCGCCCGGCUGGACCGCGACGGGAGGGCCCCCGCCCGCUGCGCCAGCACAGGUGCGGUGAACAGCAAGCCGGGCCUGCAGAACUCCACCUCGGACUCGGACCUGGCGCGCUUCCGGGCGCUCAGCGCCAUCCCCCAGAUCUCCCUGAACUUCGUGGACCUGAAGCCCGACCCCUUCGUGGCCCUGCCGGCCGGCGACGUGGACAUCCUGGCGCCCUGCAAGCUGAUGGACCGCACGCACAACGUCACCGAGAAAGUGACCCAGGUGCUGUCGCUGGGCGCGGACGUGCUGCCGGAGUACAAGCUGCAGGCGCCGCGCAUCCACAAGUGGACCAUCCUGCACUACAGCCCCUUCAAGGCCGUGUGGGACUGGCUGAUCCUGCUGCUGGUCAUCUACACCGCCAUCUUCACGCCCUACUCCGCCGCCUUCCUGCUCAGCGACGAGGAGGAGGCGGCCAUGCAGACCUGCGGCUACUCCUGCAGCCCGCUCAACGUGGUCGACCUCAUCGUGGACAUCAUGUUCGUCAUCGACAUCGUCAUCAACUUCCGCACCACCUACGUCAACGCCAACGACGAGGUGGUCAGCCAGCCCGGGCGCAUCGCCGUGCACUACUUCAAGGGCUGGUUCCUCAUCGACAUGGUGGCCGCCAUCCCCUUCGACCUGCUCAUCUACCGCUCGGGAGAGGAGACGACGACUCUGAUUGGCCUGCUGAAGACGGCCCGGCUGCUGCGAUUGGUGCGCGUGGCGCGGAAGCUGGACCGCUACUCGGAGUACGGCGCGGCGGUGCUCUUCCUGCUCAUGUGCACGUUCGCGCUCAUCGCCCACUGGCUGGCCUGCAUCUGGUACGCCAUCGGCAACGUGGAGCGCAACACGGACUCGCGCAUCGGCUGGCUGGACUCGCUGGGCGAGCAGCUGGGCAAGAGCUACAACGACUCGGUGCCCGCCUCCGGCCCGUCCAUCAAGGACAAGUACGUCACCGCCCUCUACUUCACCUUCAGCAGCCUGACCAGCGUGGGCUUCGGCAACGUCUCGCCCAACACCAACUCCGAGAAGAUCUUCUCCAUCUGCGUCAUGCUCAUCGGCUCGCUGAUGUACGCCAGCAUCUUCGGGAACGUGUCGGCCAUCAUCCAGCGGCUGUACUCGGGCACGGCGCGCUACCACACGCAGAUGCUGCGGGUUCGAGAGUUCAUCCGCUUCCACCAGAUCCCCAACCCACUGCGCCAGCGCCUGGAGGAGUACUUCCAGCACGCCUGGUCCUACACCAACGGCAUCGACAUGAACGCGGUGCUGAAGGGUUUCCCAGAAUGCCUGCAGGCGGACAUCUGCCUGCACCUGAACCGCACGCUGCUGCAGAACUGCAAGGCCUUCAAGGGCUCCACCAAGGGCUGCCUGCGCGCGCUCGCCAUGAAGUUCAAGACCACGCACGCCCCGCCCGGCGACACCCUGGUGCACGCCGGCGACGUCAUCACCGCCCUCUACUUCAUCUCCCGCGGCUCCAUCGAGAUCCUGCGCGGGGACAUGGUGGUGGCCAUACUGGGAAAGAACGACAUUUUCGGCGAGCCCAUCAACCUGUACGCGCGCCCGGGGAAGUCCAACGCGGACGUGCGGGCGCUGACCUACUGCGACCUGCACAAGAUCCACCGCGAGGACGUGCUGGAGGUGCUGGACAUGUACCCCGAGUUCUCCGACUACUUCUGGGGCAACCUGGAGAUCACCUUCAACCUGCGAGACUCCAACAUGAUCCCCGGGUCCCCGAGCAGCGGCGACUCGGACAGCGCCUCCUUCAGCCGGCUGCGCAGACGCAAGAUGUCCUUUCGCCGCCGCACCGAAAGAGACGCGGAGAACGCGGCCGGGGCCAAACAGCCCCAGAGGCCCGUCCGUCGGCCCCGGAAGCAGGGCGUGGGUAACCGCGGCGACGGGCGGAACGCGGAGCGGGAGGGGCCCCGGAGCUCCGACUCCUCCCCGUCGCGCUCCGUCGGCGGCGGCGGCGGCGAAGAGGACGAGGAGGAGGAGGAAGAGGAGGAGGAGGAGGAGACCGUGCUGGGCUGCCCCGCCCCUCCCUCGAUGCUCGACCUUCACGGGGCCCACCCCGGGGCCCCAAACUUCGGCGACGUCGAAGGAGACGGGGAGCCUCAGGGGGGGAACACGUGCAACUCGUUGUCAGGCGCCUUUUCCGGCGUCUCCAGCAUCUUCAGCUUCUGGGGGGAGAGCCGGGGGCGGCAGUACCAGGAGCUGCCCAGCCAGAGCCUGUCCUCGCCCCCCCCGCCGGACACCCCCCUGCGCUGCCUGACCCGCCAGCAGCGCAGCGGCCUGGAGAACCGGCUGGAGCUGCUGCAGAAACAGCUCAACAGGUUGGAGACGCGGAUGUCUGCGGACAUCGGCGCGAUCAUGCAGCUGCUGCAGAGGCAGAUGGCCAUCGUGCCCCCGUCCUACAGCACCGUGUCCUCCCCCCCCCAGCCGACCCCCCCAGGGCACCCCGCCACCCCCAACCCGGAGACAGAAACGCUGGCCUCUCUCUCUCAGAUCCUGGACUCCCAGGUCUGUGCGGGGGGGCCCUUAGCCACACCCCCCGAAUGUCUGUGGAGCGUCGCGAACCCGCCCCGGGACGGCCCGUCAGAGACACACCCCCUGGGCGCCAGCGGCCUGGGGAGCCGCUCGGAGACGGGGGCGUGGCGGGGGGCGGGGGCGGCGGCGGACCCGGACCCCGAAUCCAGCCGACGGCUCUCUCUGCAGGAGCGCCACGCGCCCCUGGACUCACGGACGCCGCAGAGACACGGCUCGGACCCCGGGAGCUAGGGGGAAACGGACAGGGGGGGUCACCUGCCUCGGCCCGCCCCUCGCCCGGGGGGGGGGGGUCAUACCCCGUGGUCGCCGAUUCGCCAGGGGGUCAGAGACACGCCCACAGAGGAAGUGCCAGAUUCCCCCCCCCCCCGAUCGGUUUUUUUCUCUCCCUGCUUCCGGAACGUUCUCUGCACUGCCUCGAGGGGCGGGGGGCGGGGGGGGGGGGGGUUAGACUUCUAACGAUCAGCCUCGGGGUCUUUUCGCUCUUUAUUUCGCCUCCUGUUCCUUGUGACAGAGGAGAGAAGCACCAUCAAACUACUGAAAUGCAUUCUGGGCAACAACAAAAAAAAAUGAAAAGAAGACAAAGGAAUAAAGGUGGCGCAGCUGUUUUGCUGACACCGAGAGACGCUGUUUGGGAACACGGUCGGGGUGUUUUUUGAAAAAUUCCCUUUACUGCUGUAUUUGGCACUGGGUAACUCUGACGAGCGUUACCCAUGACUUUUAUCUGCUACUGACACUGUAUAUAAGGUAUUAUGUCCUUUUAAGGACAUAUACAUAUGCCUGUAUGUAAGGUAUAUGUCCAUAUACCUGUAUAAGGACACAUACACAGACGUGUGUAAGGUACAUGUCAUUUGGCCUUCUGAAAAUUGCCUGGCAAACUUGAGCGUUAGCUGGUCUAACGUUGGGUGGUGUCCUGUCCCGCUAUUGGCCAAUUACUCGCACCUGGUUCUUCGGGAUUGGGGUGGCUGAGCAGCUCGGAUUCUGCCCAGAUAAAAACUGUAAUUCUCUGCUCCUUUGAAAAAAAAACAACAACAAGGGGUUGAAAAAAAGCCAUGAACUCUUUUUUGCGAACAUAUCAAACUCUUACGUGUAGGUUGAAUGGAAACGGGCCUGAAAGGGUACGCUAACGCUAGCUAUAAAGCGGAGUGAAUCGGUAUAUGUGUGCAGUUAUGUAUUGUGUGUACUGCAUCAGAUUUAGUUUCAGAGGUGUGCCUGAGCCAAGCUGUCGCUCUAGCUUCUGACAAUACGGCUUCCCUUAUGAAAAAGUGAUACACGCAUUUCCAAAAACACACACCGAUGGGUUCGAAUAAUUACUCUGCGCAAUUUACUGCCAUUUACCGCCAUGUGCAAGUUAUGUGUGUGUGUGUGUGUGUGGGUAGAAUAUAUUUGUAAAAUGACAUCGUAAAUAUAUAGUUUGUAGUCUAUGCGCAAUAUAUUGCAUGUGCACAUAUGAACUUUUCUAAUAUAUGCUUGAUAUAGAUGUGAAAAUUCUUAUUUGGAUUGACUAUGUUAUCAUACAACAUAUAUAUAUACAGUUACAAUAUUUAUUUGCUUUAAGGUAAACUCCAAAAAUAGAAUAGUUUGUCUCAUCUCUAAUUUGUCACACACUGUACUUUAGGCCUCAGUGAAUAGAAUGUAGAGAAGUCUAGCCAAAACCAAGAUGUCCGCCUGAUGUAACUCCCCUUUCCCUAUUUGUAAAACUGGAAAUCUCCCAAAAAGCAAUUCAUUUUAUGUUGAGCUGUGCAGCAACAGCUGUGACACCAACCUUCAGAUUACAACUCCUUAAGCACUAGACAAAAUCGCUGUUGCAAUGUAUAACUUUUUCAUAAGGGCUGGGUUUUUUUUUUUUUUGUUGCACAGAACACAGGAGAGUGAGCUUCGAUCCCGGGUUCUGACGACAAGCAAUACCGAGAUACUUUACCUGCCUGUGGUAACCACGUGUGUACUUCUCUGUGGUUUACAUUGAAUGAUCCACAUUUGCAUUGCCAGACCUUCGCAGUGGUUAUGAAGACAGGUGAAUGCUCAUUACAGGUGACAGGUGGGCUCGUAACUCGAUUUGAAACGGGUGCAAUCGCCUCCAUUAUCGAUGUUUGCGGGAUUGUCAAAAUGGCCGCUCGCUCGUGGCCAGAAAUACGUUGUUACAGGCCUUCUUGUGUGCGAGCGUCCAUCGAGAGAUUCACAACAACAACAACACGUGCUCCUGCUCCCAAAUCCGACUGCACGUCCUGCUUGUCUCGGGCUGGUGUACUUGUUUGGGUGGGUUUUCUGGGUUUUCUGUGCUUCCAUAUUUGACCUGUCAGGGUGCCAAUUAGCAGGCGUAUUGAGAGAGAUAUGCAUGCAUGUACGGCUCUAACAAUUACCCAGAGGGGAAAGGGUUUGGGGUCAAGGCAACUGCAUACAAAUUACAUCGACGGAGGGAGGCAGUGGGCUGGUUAACUGUCACUGAAGGCAGAAAAUCUCACAGCAGAAACCAAUGAAAAAAAGAUUUUUUUUUUUUACUCUCAUGAUUUCCCUUUAGAUUGUCUGUAUGCACCUCCUUCCAUCCUCUCUGUAUGAUUUUUUUUUUUUUUACUUUGAGGUCUGUCAGUUGCAAACAAGGCCCUGAACCCUGAAAAUCCCAAAGUACCUCAUCUUCAGCCCUCUGUGUGCAAGUAAACAUUUCUUUCCUGUAAUGAAGAUGAACUUGUGGCACAUAUCGUAAGCUAGGCUGAACGUCCUGGUCGGCCGAGUCUCUCUCUCCUCUUGGUCAUUUCAGGUCCCUUCUCACCUGCACUGAGCACCUGAGCACCUGAGCAGAGGUGCAGCUCAGGCUGUCCGCUCUGUGGGCUGUCUGAAAGGAAGGGCCCGGAUUGGCUGUCCUGUUGGCGGGUCAGCUAGCUUUCACUUUCACACUUACAGGGGGGAAAAAAGAGACCAUCCUUUACAACUGUGGCAACCAGCCUGUACCUGGAGAUCUUUCAUCCUGUAGGCUUUCACUCCAACCCCUGAAAAAGGAGUUAGGGGGGUCGGAGUGACAGAGUCGAUCUUGUAACCUGAAGGUCGCAGGUUCGAUUCCCUGGGUAGGAACACUGCCGGUGUACCCUUGAGCAAGGCACUCAACCUGCAUUGCUCCAGUAUAUAUCCAGCUUGUAUAACUGGAUACGAUGCAAGUUGCUCUGGAUAAGAUAAUGUAAUGUAAUGUAACAAAGCACACCUCAUUCAACAGCUAGAGAUCUGCACUGAGCUGUUGACUAGUAGAGUCAGGUGUGCCGAAUUAGGGUUGAAAUGAAAACCUACAGGAUGGUAGGUCUCCAAGGAACAUGGUUGGUCACCACUGCUCUACAAGUCGGUGUAAACGGGCCUCAUUCCCUGGGCUCUUUUACCAGGACAGGAAGUAACGCAGAAGUGCAGGAUCUCUAUUCUGAUUAAGGAUCUCUGACAGAGCUCAGCGCUCAUCUCCCAACACCAGGACCACACCCCCUCUCUUUGAAGGGGAAAUUACAAGUGUGUCUCACGCUUUCCUGUACUCAAGAAGGGCCACUUUCAGUAUUGCCUGCAAAACCCAUAAAAGUCAUACCUUUAAAUUCUACUGUGUUUUUACCCAUGGAAAUAAUACUUCUCACCAGACCUCACACACAACCUUUCUGAUUUUGUUUCCUUUAGUGUCAGUGCAGGGGGAGGGGGGCAAGCAGAAAUGGAUGUGUAACCGAUCGAAAGCAAUGCCGUCUUAGAAUGUUUUAUUGAUUUGCACAUACUGUUAUGGGUUUUCACUUUGUGGUUAGAUGGAAUAGGCCACUUAGGUUUCAGUAGUCAUUAUCAUAAUGUGAUUCAGACCAGGUACAGUAGCUCUCAGGUACCUUGAUAUAGAAGGUACAGUAGCUUGUAAAAAAAAAAAACUGAAAAGAAAGGUUAUAAUGUACUCCUAAGGGGCUAUUUAUUAAAUAAUUUUUGACAUUUUAGUCUUUGUGAAGCUUUAUCUUCUGAUAUUCAAUGCUUGGCAUGCUGCAAUGGAAAAAUAAAUAGUACUUUUUCAUUAUUUGCUUAA